AUGGCGCAGUUGCCUAUACUCCAAUUUGAGGAGAAAAUUGCUGAGACAGUGGAGAAAAACUCCAUCGUUGUCGUAAUUGGAGAAACUGGCUCUGGAAAAAGCACGCAGCUUUCGCAAAUACUUCACAGAAGAGGUUACACAAAAUCCGGUUGCAUUGCCGUUACCCAGCCGCGUCGGGUCGCCGCGGUUUCAGUAUCCCGGCGGGUUGCGCAAGAGCUUGAUGUUAAGCUUGGGGAGGAAGUGGGUUAUGCCAUACGGUUUGAAGACAGGACUUCAGAGAAGACGCUUAUUAAGUAUCUCACGGAUGGUGUGCUGCUUCGUGAGAGUCUUUCCAAUCCGGAGCUGAAUCACUACUCGGUCAUUAUACUGGAUGAAGCUCAUGAGAGGAGCUUAAACACGGAUAUAUUGCUUGGAUUGAUGAAACGAUUGAUCAAGUUCCGAGCUUCAAAUUUGAAAAUUUUGAUAACGUCUGCUACUCUUGAUGGUGAAAAAGUAUCCAGAUUUUUCUCCAACUGCCCAAUCCUUAAUGUCCCAGGAAAGUUGUUCCCUGUUGAGAUACAACACAGCUCAGAAAGGCCCAAAAGUUAUAUUGAAGCUUCUUUGAAAACAGCUAUUGACAUACACGUUAGGGAACCUGAAGGUGAUGUCCUAAUUUUCAUGACAGGACAGGAUGAUAUAGAAAAGUUGGUGUCGAAAUUGGAAGAGAGAAUCCAAACCCUGGAAGAAGGAUCUUGUAUGGAUGCCAUCAUUCUUCCACUUCAUGGAUCUUUGCCUCCUGAAUUGCAGGUCCGUGUGUUCAGCCCUCCACCUCCCAAUUGUCGUCGAUUUAUUGUUUCUACAAACAUAGCUGAGACAUCGUUGACUGUCGAUGGUGUAGUGUAUGUAAUUGAUUCUGGAUUUGUGAAGCAACGACAAUACAACCCUUCAACUGGAAUGUAUUCUCUCGAUGUUGUCCAAAUUAGCAAAGUGCAGGCUAAUCAGCGUGCAGGAAGAGCUGGAAGAACACGACCUGGAAAGUGCUACCGUCUGUACCCUUCUGUGGUUUACAAAGAUGAUUUUUUGGAUGCCACUGUACCUGAAAUACAGAGAUCUUCCCUAGCAGGAAGUGUCCUCUAUUUAAAAUCCUUAGAUCUACCCGACAUAGACAUUCUCAAAUUUGACUUCCUCGACCCUCCUUCCUCUGAGGCUUUGGAAGAUGCAUUAAAGCAGUUAUAUCUCAUUGAUGCCAUAGAGGAGGAUGGUUCUAUCACAAGACUUGGACGAACCAUGGCUGAACUUCCACUGGAACCUUCACUGUCGAGGACCUUGUUAGAGGCAAACGAAUGUGGCUGUUUGUCUCAAGCUUUAACGGUUGCUGCCAUGUUAUCUGCUGAAACUAAUCUGCUUUUAGGUCAUAGUAAGAGCACUCAUGAUAAGAAGAGGAAGCACACUCCUCCAUCAAACCUUCCGGAUGGUUCUGGAUUGGGUGACCACAUUCAGUUGCUACAGAUUUUUGAGCUUUGGCAUCAAACUGGCUACAAUGUAGACUGGUGCAAAGAAAACAACUUGCAGGUAAGGGGAAUGAUGUUUGUCAAAGAUGUCAGAAAACAGUUAUGCCAAAUAAUGCAGAAAAUUGCCAAAGUAUCCAUGGACGUGAAAACAAGUAAAAGGCAGAAAGAAGGCCAAGAAUACAGAGCUUUGAGAAAAGCCUUGUGUUCGGGGUAUGCAAAUCAACUUGCAGAGAGAAUGAUUCGUCAUAAUGGUUACCGGACCGCCGGUUUUAAGUCGCAGUUAGUUCAGGUGCAUCCAUCGUCCGUGCUAAAACCAGACGAGGAUGGCAUGCUCCCGAAUUACGUUGUCUAUCACGAACUCAUUGCCACUACUCGACCCUACAUGCGCAAUGUGUGUGCCGUCGAGAUGCGUUGGGUGCAGCCCGUUUUAGCCAAGCUCGACAAACUUAACAUUCCUAAGUUAAGUGGGGCCACCAAUCAAUCGAUGAGCGAAAACAAUCGAACGGGAGAUUUGAAGGUACAAAAGGAUGAUGUUGAAGCUACUCAACCGUCUGUUGAUGAUCGAGAGAGUAGAAUUCUUGCGGCCCGUGAAAGGUUUCUUGCACGCAAAAGCGGCAGAUAA